AUGACCCAUGACGUACUGUUUCAUCUGGAACAAUUAAAAGAGCUCAUCAUUCAGCACAGUACUGGUAUAGAUUUUAAAGCGAGUGUGUUAGCAAGCAUCGAUCUGAUCGAUAUGACGAACAGUACGGUACAUAGCAUAUCGUCCAUAUUCGAUCCUCUUCCAGUGAUGUUAAAAGAAAUUAAUUUCUCAGAUAUAUCAUCGCAAAAGACUUCAAAACUGAUACUAGAAUCGCCCGAUGAAGGACAAAGCAUGGCGAUGGCGCAACGUAUUACGAUGGUACAAUGUUUGCUCAAUUCGGUUGCGGUAAAAAAUAUGCCCCUGUUGGUGUCGUUAAAUCUGUCGAAGAACUCGCUAUCGGAGAGUUCUGUAGAAUUGGUUAAUUUGCCCGCGCUGGUGACAUUGGUUUUGAGCCAUAACGAGUUCGAUCGAGUUUCGCAAUCAUUGCUUCCCGUUGAAUCGCCUUUAAACACGAUCGAUCUUAGUCACAAUCGAAUAUCAUACUUAGAUUCCAAAGCGUUUGAAGUAGUACACUCGCUACGGAUGGUAAAUUUAUCGCACAAUCUGCUAUUCAACAUGGGCAGCUUCCAACCGCAUCCACGUCUCGAUAGCAUCGAAAUCGAUAGCAAUCCGUGGGAUUGUGCGUGGUUAAAUCACAGCCGGUUAAAGAAUCCGACAUUCUUCAACAUUCUGCGGUACCACAAACGAUACGACACGCUUUCCGUGUGGGGUUUACCGUGCUUGUUGCCAACUACCGCAACGACUAAAUUCCCGUCACAAUUUGAUCCUGAGCAAAGGUUGCCAACAAUACACGAACCAUUCAUGUCUUACCCGGAGGGGAAAAUUAUGCCACUGGGCAAGAAAAUAUCCAUCUAUCAACCUCGGUUUACCAUUGCAAAACCAUUGAAAGUGAUCAUAUCGAUAGCGGCUGGAGUUUUAGUUUCAAACGUCAUCAUACUGCUGUACAAUCGUUAUCGGAACAUUUUGCGCGAACCGUUCUAUCGGUAUCUAUCGAAAUCGCUCUCGGUUGGUGAUGGUGUAACGGAAAAAAGCACUUCCUUCUGGUAUGAAGUUCCCGUGAGUAAUGACGCAAAUGCAAUUCCACUCAAUAACAUUUACGAAGAAAUUUGUGAAGCAGGACCACAUCGUGAUAUAUACGACGCACUAAACUUCCAACGGGACGAGCAGCAGCAAGUGUCGUCCGAUAGUGCUUCCGUUAGUUAG